AUGGCGGGAGACGACGCCCGGACCGGCGCGGUGGCGCCGGCGGAGGAGGAGCCGCACGUGGAGCGGCUUCCGGCCGACAUCCUCGCCCACGUCCUCUCCCUCCUCCCCUCCUUCCACGACCUCUCCAUGGCCGGGGCAGUGAGCCGGCGGUGGCGCCGCGCGGUGGGCCGGUCGCUGGCGACGCGGCGGCGGCUGAGCCUGGCGGGGCAGCGCACCGGCGACGAGUCCACCGCGCGCCUCGUCCGCGCCGCCGUCAACCUCCGCGACCUCGACAUUUCACGAAGCUGCUGGGGGUGCCACAUCACGGACCAGGGCCUGCUCGACAUCUCCUCGGCGGCGUGCGUCGGCAACCUCACCUCCGUCUCGCUGUGGGGGCUCGCCGGGAUCACUGACAAGGGCGUCGUCCAUCUGGUCUCAAAGGCUCGUUCACUGCAGCACCUGAACAUUGGUGGGACAUUCAUCACUGACGAAUCGCUCUAUGCAGUUGCAGACAGUUGUACAAACUUGAAGAGUAUCAUACUGUGGAGCUGCCGCCACGUGACUGAGGCCGGACUAGUAGCACUCGUGAACAAGUGCCCGGAACUGGAGUGCAUCAACGUUGGCGGGAUGCGGGUGUCGCCGGAGAGCUUCGCGGGCCUGCAGUCCAUCAGCCCCGCCCUGCGGAUCAGGUCCAUCCCGCAGAUCCUCAACGCUGACGUGCAGGUCGCCUGA